AGGAAGCAAUAACUGGCAAGGGCUGAAGGGAAGAAGAAAAAAAAUCAACAGUGAUCUAAAGCCCGUGUGGCACUUUCCUUGGUGACUGGGGAUUCACGAGGGGAAACUGAUCCCAGGUCUGUGAGCAGAUGAAGGUUCUGUGUUUGCCAAAAGGGAUGAGAACAAUUUCCGUUCCUCUUCUGGAUCCUCCAGGCAGCUGCUGCUCUGCCACAUACAGACACAAGCUGUAAACACAAGGUUCAGUCAGACCACAGGACAGUUUAGCAGCCCCCACUUCCUCAUCGAGAGUUGAAGCAGAGCAAGUGAACACGGGUUUCCUGUGACGCCUCUGUGUCUCUGGUCAAUUAGUUUACUCGCAUCACUCUUCCACUGUUGAAUUGCGCUGCAUGGACAGAGACUGGCCUCGUCGUAUCCUGGGGGGAGCUGUCUGGUUGAUUCACACUGACAGUCAAGUGCUGUUCAUCUGAGGAUUGUCUCCAAAAACUGGAUCUGUCAGGACAAAAAGAAAAAAAACACAUCUGACCUCUUCAGUUAUUGAUAGUCUUCAGAGGAAAGCUGCAAUGCUGUUUUCACACAGUUAAAGGUUGUGUGUGGGUUUGGGAUAUUCAGCCAUGCUGCAACAGUCAGAGCUCAUCUUUGACUUUGCCAGUGACCACGUCAGCAUGUCACAGUUGGGGGGAUACUCAGAGUAUCCUGCAGUGAUUGUGGAGCAGGUUCCACAUCCACACCUGCUCUCCUAUGCAGGCCUAGCGUGUGAACAGUCACAGACAGAGCAUAACCAGCAGCUGCUCAAAGUGGAACAAUGUGAAAGCGGCGAGGAGGAGACCAUGGAGACACUUGUUGCUGCUGACUCGCUCCUCAACAUGGACUGUCCUGACACCCUCUCGCUGGAACACUACUCCCAGACCUUCUUGCCAUCACUGGGUGAUGUCAUCACUACUCCUGUUACCCAGGUGACUGUGUCAGCGGAGGGCAUCGUGGGAGCUGUCGACCAGCCACAGUGGCACUCGCUGCACACAAAGAAGCCCGCGGCACAGCUGCAGUCCAAAAAGAGAGGGAGAAAACCUCGACACAGACGGGCAGAGUCUCCCACCCCAGAUAUUAUAGUGAAGAAGGACAAAUACAACAAAGGAGGAAACACACUGUACCUGUGGCAGUUCCUGAUGGAGUUGUUGCAAGACCGACAGGUCUGCCCCCGCUACAUUAAAUGGACUAAUCCCCAAGCAGGAAUCUUCAAGUUGGUCAACUCUAAGGCAGUGGCCAGACUGUGGGGCAAACACAAGAACAAGCCAGAUAUGAAUUAUGAGACGAUGGGGAGAGCACUCAGGUACUACUACCAGAGAGGCAUACUGAAUAAGGUGGAAGGCCAGCGUCUGGUCUACCAGUUCACCUCUCUGCCCAAAGACAUGAUCUAUAUCACAGACGGAGAUGGCACCAAAGAGGAGGACGAUGAUGAUCACGACGACAACGAUGAGGGCGUGAGUGAUGACUCCGAUGACAGCACAAUACCUUCUAGUGACCAAUCAGUGGAGGAGGAAGAGUCACACCCACCACAGAAGAAAAUGUCAUUCAGCUCUGUCCGAGCUUCAACGACCCAGCGGACCAGGCCGGCGCCCAGGCCCUCAGGCCAGCGUGACACCGUCCUGCGACCUGCCAGCACCAGCUUGAUCCAGGAGCAGCAUUUGCCUAUCGUGUCCGCCGAGAUGCUGCGGACCCUCCAGAACCUGCAGAAGGUCCAGUCCCUGCAGCCCGCCGGUCACGCCUCUGUCUUCAAAACAGCUCAGCUGCUGGGGAGUCUGUGUGAGCGGCAGGCCGCCGCUCAGGUGGCUGUGGACAGUGAGGGUGCACGGGAGACACCUGAUGUAAAGUCACACCCAGGACACAAAACUUCACAAGUGGAGACUCCGCAGCUGGUCCCCCUAACUGGCUCUGACCAAUAGAAAAGGACCAAUCAACCCCAAACACACACACACACACACACACACACACACACACUCCAGCGACUCAGGACCAGUUACAGAGCUGCACAUUGCUGUGGCAAUCUCUGUGCACCAGGGCCUUCAUUUCUCAAGUGUGUCAGAGUGGGAGUAUUGAUCUGGGAUUAUUUUUGUAUUUUAGAUGAUAUUGUGAAUUUGUAACAACAGUAAUUCUAGAUCACUGCUUCCUCCCCGACACCUGAGCUGGCAGGAAACUGGCAGGAACCAAAAACUCACCGCAUUUAGCAGUUUACUUUCCAAGAGACUUUAAAAGCUCCUGUGCUUUGCCUUCUGCCACUCUCCUGUUUACACCUGGUGUUAACGUGCAUGUUGGGUGAUCAGAGCACAAGUGGACAAGUGCACAUGCGUCUAGAGUGACACCUUAUGAUCGGAUCUCUCCUCCUCGCUCUAUAAGAAAAGACGUGAAUCCUUUCCCUCUACAGUUGCUGAGAGUCCACAUAGCUGCACGCACAGUGAUAGGGCUAACUGUUAGCGUCACACAGCUAACGUUACAUACCGGUUAUUAACAGGUUUAUGACAGGGCUGAGUUGUUUGGGUGUCAGUGUCAGUUUGUUGGGACUGUUGAACAACUGCUGCUAUGUCAGCUUGUGCUAACUGGGCAGACACUGAAGUGGCUGUUCAGUGGCAGGAGGAAAGCAGCUCCAGAGACGGUCCUUUAGCACUGCGUUUUUGUUAUAGAGCUCUGAUCUGGCCCCUGUUCAAGCGUGACCCGAGCCCAGCUCAUGGCAGCAGUUUAAAACCCUGAGUUUCUACUGUAAAAAUAUAUUUUAUAUAACGUUUUUUUUUUUAAGUUAAAACAUUUGUUAAAAGCUAAGGGUGACAUGUUUCCUUGUACCACUUCUCCAAAUUCGCCUCCUGCUGUUAUUUCAGUAGUCUGUGUUGUGACAGCUGUGUGACAGGUUGGGCAGGUUUGGUUUGCGCCCCCUGGUGUGUCUAGUGUGCAGUGUUUCAUGGCAGUGCGGCGAACAGAUGAUCACGGCUCUACACUGCCAACCAAGUUGCCUUGCAGUGAUGGGCCCCACGCCGCGGAUCGAGUCAGGCCCAGUCGGGCUCGAACAGAGAAUCAGAGCUCGGGUCAUUUUGUAUUAUUCUGUGUCCCCUCUCUAAAUUCUGUGGGGUAUGUGAACGCAGCACAGACUGAACUCUUCAUGAGAUCUUUCUUUUGAAUUGCAGGGUUGAUUAUCAGUCAGUUGCUCCAAUCGUAGCAGAUCAAAUCGAUGGAUGAGAGGAGCAGCUGCUGCAGAGGCGAGUGAAAGCAAACUUUUAGACCCAGUGCUGUGCAUGGUUAAGUUUCACUUAACUGUGCCUGGUGUUCUGCUGCUCCGUCUGAGUCGCUCUGCAGUCAGAGAGUGUGCUGCAGUGAAUAAUAGAAGCAUGUAUAUAUUCCAGCAGCCCUCCUAAUGAGCAGUCCAGCUCCAAAAAUAGAACAUCAGUAGAUGGCGGCAGAUAUUGUUAUCGUGGCCACAAUUACACGAAUGUGUGGGAAACUGCUCAGAUAAACAGACGUCAGCUGAGAUGGCCCUCCUUCAGUGUGGUCGUUCAUUCUUAAGACGCAUUGAGGACGCAUUGGAUGCAUUCACACCUGCACUCAGAGCUGUCCACUUGUGAUCCGAUCACCCAGGAUGCAUACUAACACCAGGUGUGAACAGGGCCUCUCUCUGGCCUGUAAUCAUACAAGACAACCAAGACAGACAUGCACUGGAAUCCACAGCCUUUCUGCACCUUCUGCCGACACACUUCACCUCCAGCGUCACGGAGCAGAUGAUCCGAUCAGCACACUGUGCCCUCCUUCUCUGCCUUCACUCUCGCUCUUUAUUUUUAUGUACUAUCACAUGCUGAAUCAUUCCUUGAAAAUGGCUUUGCACUAAUGUUUACGCCUGCUGUACGUUUCUUCUCUCAGCGCCUGACGAUCUCAGUCCAUCCUGUCCCUGCUUCCUGUGUUCUUGGUAAUCAUGAGGUUAUUAAGGGAAAACAUUCCAUAUUAUUAUUGUUGUUUUUUUAAGAUUACUGAAUUAUGUUUGUAUUGUGAAAUAUUGAAAACAAGGGAUCACUGUCAUUUCUAGAAUAGUAAUUGAGCACUGCUGCUGUUUGUAGUUGUAUGUAUCCGCACGGUGGAUUUUCCUUUUGUCGACAAUCACCAGUGAAACGGCCUUUUUUAUUUAGCUGCCUCGUCUUCACACUGCUACUAUUUAGCCUCUUUGCUAUGCACUCACUCUGUUUAUGUAUUACACAUAUAUAAAUGCAUAUAUGGACCUCUGAAGCCUUUAUAUCUUUAUGUAUUGUGUGUUAUAUACUGUAUGUCUGUGAACAUGCUUGACUCUGUGCCUUGUUGCCAUUUUCUCCCUCAGGUUUCGCACAAAAUUAGUUUUACCACACAGACUGUGUACUCUAUGCAAGGAGUAAAGCGUCUGGCCCUUUUAUAAUGAAGUAAUGUUGAGUUCAGUGUUUUCUCUUCAGUUGAUCUUAGUUCAGCCUCACACACGUCGCUCCAAAUGAAAACUGAGUUUGUAAGAUUUAGGCCGGCUUCUGUGAGGCUAAACUUGGUUUAGGAGAUGCUUCUGUGCCUUCGCCCCCAACAGGGAGCCCUAUGCAAAACUGAUUUCACUUUAUGAAUGAGUAAAGCAUUUAUUUGGAAUCCCCUCUCUUUGCUUUAUCUGGAGGUCUGUUGAUGCUGUAAGUUUUACUGAUAUUGAUAUGAAAGCUUGUAGCAGAGGGAGAGCUGGAGUUUCUGUUGCCUUAUUUUGGUGUGUUUGCUUUCACGCAGUCCAGAGGUGUUGAAAAGAUGAUGGUCUAUUAUAUGAAAUAAACUUAAUUUUGUCAUUGUCUCUGUGAAAACUGUCGUCACUCAUUUA